AGUGUGCGAAGGCAGGACCGAGCUACGAUGCAAGUGUCAUAGUUUUGGCCGGAGACCCCGUGCACAGCAGCCAGUGCAGUUCCCAACGGAUGAGCUGUGGCUUGGGAAGUUGACCAGAGUCUCUCGGAAUGGGAAUCUCGGUGGGAUACGUCUCAAGGUUUUUCCAGCAUCACCCGAGGCUCUGACUGAGGUCCUGGGCUCCCAGGAUCAGCAUAACGAGCGCACUAAAUCUGCCUCCACUGCGGUCACCGCGUUCACAGCAGCGAUAGGUAAUGGCCAAAUAGACUGGCUCUGCGUCCCUGUGACGGCCAAUAUACCACAAGUUAGCAGUCGGGAGCUAUCAGCUGUGUUCGCCGUGAGCAGCAAUGAUAUGGGUCGGCAGGCUCCUUUCAUCCGCCGCUUACUGCUCGAGGGACACACCCAAGCGGCUCAGGAACGGAUAGAAUGGAUUCCAGAGCCCACUCCUGUGGACCUCGAAGGCCUCACCGAAUCACAGAAGUCGGCAGUUCGAGCCGCCGUCUCGUCCCGUCUUACGCUAAUACAAGGGCCUCCAGGCACAGGGAAGACAUUCGUAGUGGUCGCUAUUGUCAAGCAUUGGCUCAAGACUAAUCCCGAGUUCCCGAUACUGGUAUGUGCUGGAACUCAUGCAGCUCGAGCACUACUCCAUGUCCAGCUGGAGGCUCAGGGUAUUUCAGUGACGCCACCUCCCGUCUACAGUGGCAUUGAGGAGGAGAACAACCAAGUGGGCCGAUCAAAGCGAUACCGGUCUAAGACAGAUACCAUCUUACCUGGGACUGUGUAUGUAGAAACAGUCUACAGUGCAGCUUUGGUGUCUAGCAGGAAGCUUCCUCGAGUGAUAGUAGAUGAGGCGAGUCAGCUGACCAUCGCAGGAACGCUGCUUCCGAUAAUGCAGGGCGCUGAACAAGUUAUACUACUCGGUGAUGAUCGCCAGCUUUCGUCUGUUAGUGGAGGCCUCAGCCUUUUCGAUGAACUACUUGAUUCUAACUUGGGACCGCCUAAGCUCCUCCGCGAGCAGUUUAGGAUGCACCCUGAAGUGGCGGCAUUUUCAAGCCAGCACUUCUAUGACCAUCAGCUUACCAGUCACCCAAGCUGGAAGUCAAAGUUUUGGCCCCCUCUAAUGUUGCCGCCUAUCUUCGCAGAUCGAGUCGUCUCUGUUCAUGGCAGUCGUGUUGUCUUUGUAGACACCGGGGGGGCCACCCGAGAGGCUUUCGACAAGGGUUGUGACAGCUACUAUAAUGUACAGGAGGCUGACGCAGUUAUCCAGACGGUUGACUCCCUGCUCGCCACGGGUGCUGAUGACUCCGAUAUCGGAGUGGUGACGCCCUACGCAGCGCAGAGAACUUAUCUGAGGCGCCAGUUGCAUCUCAUUCCUACUAAUAUUGUCGAUGGUGCCUACGCUGACAGUGAUCAUCGCAAGUGCAGAGAGCUUGGUCCUAACACAAGUAUCCCUGACCCCAUUGUAGAUUCAGUUGACGCCUUCCAAGGCAGUGAACGAUCCUGGAUCGUAUUCUCGGCGGUUCGAAGUAACCCUGAGUACUCGGUAGGCUUCCUGAAUGACUAUCGUCGUGUGAAUGUGAUGCUCACUAGAGCUCGAUAUGGAGUCAUCGUCGUAGGAGAUCGAAGCACUUUGCAGGUUUCAGAGCCUUGGAGGGCAUGGCUCAGCUGGGUAUACGACAAUGGCACGGUUGUUCGGCUAGACAAGGAGAGCCUGAGUCGAAUAGCUGCGACUCCGAUGCCCAAUGCCAGGCGAAUCCGCUUUGCAAUGGACCGUUGGGACCUCGGUAUUUCGAUGGAAGCGGCCUAUGGAAAGGUCCAGAAUUUGCGUCCUCUCGCAGAGGCCUGUGUCUGGGCAGCUACUAGCGAGUACAAUACUGUUGAAGUACAGCUGGACGAGAGGACCGGAAAUGUGAUUCAUUGUCUAUGCACAUGCUCCGAUGCCAGAAGGCAUCAUGGUCGGUGUGCUCAUGCAGCUGCACUUGUCAUCAGAGUGCGGCAAGUAGCCUUAGGCAUGACGCGCCAAUACGCCCAGUCCCAGUUCCUCCUCCAACGGGAAGCGCCGAUGAGUAUAGGAAUUCAAACUCAUUCAUACGUACACUGACUU